GAGGCGAUACGAAGAUGGAAGGAGAAGCUGCGUAUUGCUUAAGUUUAGCGUAUCAUUUUGCUGGAGAACAACAGGCAGCAUUAUCAAUUUUGAACACCUCUGUAAAAAUCUUCACAGCACUUUGUGAUUCUGCUGGCCUAGGCAGAGCAUAUGCAGCUAUCACCAAGAUCCUGGUAAGUCAGGGAAAAGUGGAUGAAACUAUUAAGUGCCUGGGAGAGUUUAUGAAGGCUGCUGAGAAUGCUCAUCUAAGCCAAAGCCUGGUGGAUGCAUGUGUAUUACUUGGGAAUAUUUACAAUGAAAGAGGGAACUAUAAUGAAGCUCUUAAAUAUUUCAGUCAGGCUUCUGAGGCUGCAAAAACUUUAAAUAAUUUGCCCUUAGUGGAUGAAACAAAGACUUACUGUGGUAUUGCGAAGGCUCAUAAACUGACGGUGGCAUUUAACAGCCAUAUAGAAGCAGAAGAUCCCGUCAGCCUCAAGUACCUGCUGGCAUGGAAGGAGAACAGAAGUGACAUGUGCACUGACCCUCUUACAGUUGCAAGCAUUCUGCUGAAGGAGUCACUGCUUGAGGAAAAUGGCUUCAUCAUAGUUGAACAGAAAGAGUGUCCUGUGGAAGCAGUUACGGCCAGGCACGGGAGCGUGCCUUUUGACUCCACUUUGCUUCCCCUACGGCACACAAGUGUAGGAGAUGCUUUUCUUGGAAGUUAUCACGAGCUCCACGAUGGAGUCCAGCGUGAGCAAGAUGUGGCCCUUACGGCAGGCAGGGGUGAGAAAACCUCACCCUUCGUUUUGGUUGCGCACCCGUACUACCCUGGACAGCAACGCUACGCAGGACGCGCUUGCAGAAGAGUCAUGGAAUCAUGGAAUUCUAGAACGCUCCUUGCUAGCAUUUUAGAUCCCGGCACCAGCGCAGAACCG